GCAUGAAGCUGUUGAUGUUUUGUCAGGAACCAAUAAAACUGGAGAUCAGCACAAGCUUGAGAACGAUUGGAAGAUGAGAAAGAUUUGCUUCCCGGUUCUUUUAAAGUUCUAAACUCCGUUUACUUGCAAAUUGUGUGUGAAGUAAUUUGAUUUUUAUCUAAACAUGUUGGCUUCACAGAUUUAUAAAGAUUCUAAAGAAAAUGCUAAUGUAAUCAUUAAGGAUACAAAGCUGAAUGUUCAUAAAAAACUGAAAUGUCAUUCCAAAGGUUUCAAAGAUUCAACUAAUACUAAAAAGGCUGAAAAAACUCCUGUAGCUUCUGAUCAUGAUACAACUCUAGACAGAUAUCCAAAGAAAGAGGAGAAAACUUUUCAUAUGACUAAGGAACCUACUGUUUAUGGUGAUCAAGAGGAAUGGUCUGACAUUGAAAACAUGCAUAUAUAUGUUGAGCCAGAAGAUGACUAUGAAGAUAUUCUUCCUAAGUGUGAAAGGAUUCAGAAAGCUGAUAUAGAUAUUUUAUUUUCGAUACAUCCUUUUUACAGUGAACCGGACACUGAUAGAUCACCAUCUCCUCCUCCAGCAAUAGAUUUCAAAGAUUUAUUUACAGAUUUGCUUCCAUCUCCUGUAAUGGAAAGUUCUUUAUACAGUGACAUGAUCAUAAAGAUUCCUGAGCUUGAUAAUCCAUUUUUAAAUUUAGAUGUUGAAUAAGAUUUGUCAAAAUUUCUGUAAUACAAUUUUUAGAUGUAUGCAAAUGAAAUUAGUAUCAAAAAAUUCUAUUAUAAAUUGGGACAUGACUGUUAACUCUGCCACUUGUAAAAAUUUACUAGUAUUGCUGCCAUUUGGAAUGUAUUUGUAUUGAAAUUUUAAAACUGCAAUUAGUUUUAUAAAGUAAUACUCAAAAUUUUAAAAUAUAUUUGAUUUCAUGCAUUUUAUUUUGGAUUAUAUGUUUGUCUAAAAUUUGUAAAUUAAGUUGAAAAGGAAGUAUUUGUAGUUGUAAACUGUAAAUAUUGAUAGCAUUGUAUGAUUUAAAUAAAGUGUAAUUUUAAUAAAAAUGCCCUUUUUUCCCCUU